AAUUUGUUUUUUAUUAAUUAUAUAAUAUUAGUUUUAUACUUUACAUAUCAAAUGAAUAUAUAAAAUUCUGUUAUUAUAUCACUGUUGUCGUCUUUUAUUUUAGUAUUGUCGUGGUCACUUUUUUGUAAAAUUUAUGUUGAUUUUACAGUAUGUCAUAUAAUUGCUCUAGAAAUUCCUCCAUUAAGUCCAUGCGUCUUUAUCCCGAGGAUUCACAGUCUGAGGAGUCAGAAGAUGAUGAAUUGGACUCCAUUUCCAUCAGUGAUGAACAGUGUAUUGACUAUUGCGUUAAGCUUGCUCCUAAACAGCUUGGCCUUCCACCAUAUGUAAAUAAAAAUUGUAACUCCUCAAAAGAGUUUAAUAAGUAUAACAAUUUAAAUGUCGAACACGUCGGUGGAGGAAUUACUAAUAGUCUCUACAAGGUCACCAACACCCUCAAUAACAAAACUGUAAUCGUUCGCGUUUUCGGUGCGAGUUCCUCUAAGAUGGUUGACAGGACCCGGGAGCAUUAUAUCCAUGAGCUUCUUUCAAAGUUUCAAAUCGGCAAAUCCAUUUACUGUUACUUUAAGGGAGGUCAAAUUGAGGAAUGGAUUGAGGGUCGAAAUCUCACCGAGUAUGACCUGUACGGCUCCAAGUAUAUGGUCCAAAUUGCUCAAAAUCUUAAAAAACUGCACUCAAUCUCCGUCGAUGGUGAGAUGAGUAAACUAAUUCACGGGGGAGAUGGUAAACCUAGGUCUGAACUUUGGCCUACCGUUUGGAAAUUCUAUCGGCUUGUCAAUAAAUACACAAAGAAAAUGAACAAAUCUAUCCCCGGUGUAGACCUGCAAACUAUCGGAAAGAGAAUUCCCUUACUUGAGGUCAUUUGUAAUACUAAAAACUCUCCUUUGGUUCUUUGCCACUCUGAUUUAUUAGCCGGAAACAUCAUUCUCAAACCUGACGAUCAUGUGCGUUUUAUUGAUUUUGAGUAUUGUUGUUGUAUGGAGCGUGCGUUUGACAUUUCGAAUCACUUGAAUGAGUAUAUGGGCAACAACGUGAAUAGGGACUUGUUUCCUAGUGCUGAGAUGAGGAGGGACUUUAUCAGGGAAUAUCUCAAGUAUGACAUCAUCGAGUGGCGACCAAGCCUGGAAGACUUUUGUGGCCAAAUCCACGUCCUCCAAUCUGAGGAUUGCGUUGACGAACUCGCCACUGAAAUUGAGCCUUUCUUCCUCGCUUCUCAUCUCCUUUGGGGACUUUGGGGGGUUUUGCAGAGUUGUUUGUCGAAUAUCGACUUUGACUUUGAGGACUUUUCUCGCAAAAGACUUGACAUUUUCAUGAAUGAUCCACUUUGGGAUAAACACCUAAAUGAGUAACUCCCAUCUCAACUCAAUCAUAUUCUCGAUUCAAUCAUAUUCCGGAUUCAAUUGUAUACUGUAUUCAAUCACAUACUGGAUUCAAUCAUACUCUCGAUUCAAAUAAUACACACUGUACAAAUCUGUAUAAGACUGAUGCACUGUCUAGUUUAAAGACUAAUGUAGCAAAUUA